UCGAUUGGAUCUAUUUGGGAAAGUGCAACUAGGCAUUGUGAGUGCAUCAACAUCAUCCGUCAGUGGAAAAGUGCAAGUGAUGACCACAUUCCCUAGUGAUCCGCAUCAUCAUUGGGAGAGUGCUAAUGGUCAUAUGGAACCACCCUUCCCGCCGGAGGUAUCGCCGUUUACACCGAUUUGGGGACAGGAAAAUCCCUCGCCGAUGGUGCAUUAUCCUGAACUGAUGGCCGCCGGAUUUCCGUGUGCAGAUUUAGCCAUUUGGCCCCGCCAGCAGGUGGGCAGUUUCGUGAGCCAGCGACUAUCACCUCGAGGUGCCCAGCCUUCUUCCAGUCACUCAUCCUCAAAGAAAACACGCCGUCGGGUAGCAUCGAUGGCACAACGACGGGCUGCCAACAUUCGCGAGCGACGGAGAAUGUUCAACUUGAACGAAGCAUUCGACAAGUUGCGAAGAAAGGUUCCAACAUUUGCCUACGAGAAGCGCCUUUCGCGCAUCGAAACCCUACGUUUGGCAAUUACCUACAUUGGUUUCAUGUCGGAGUUGCUGAAUGGGACACCUACGCAUGACGGCCGCUCGCCAGAAUUGUAUCCGAAUCUUGUUCACCCGCACCACGCCAAUCAUAUUCAUCCCCCGUUUCAUCAGAGGGAAUACAUUUCACCCUACGCCACCCAUACUGGUUGAUGGUUUGGC